AUGCUUCAAUUUGGAAAAGCUUUCUACAAUACCAUUUCCAACAUAAUGUCAGGAACAGACCAAAACGAAGAACCAGUGCUACCCCUCAACAUGCAAUUCUAUGACUCCGAAAGAUAUCAGCCAUCUUUAGAAGAUGUGCUCACUGUUAAAAACAUACUCUUCACCCUACGCCCAGAAUCCCCGCUACCUCUAGAGCUUAUCGAUGCCAUAAUAGACUUAUCCGAAUAUUGGCCUCAUACAACAACCGAAGGGUUUCCUGGCCAGGAAGAAGGUGAUCAGAACGUCAACAUUAGCACACGAGAAGUCACCAUCAGAGCCGGUGGGCCAUCAGAGGAUAAGUUCCUUUUACGGACCCUUCCCAUCGGUUAUCUCCCAUCUCAAGGAAACAACAAUGAUUCAUUUCCUCAAAUCUAUUCAGAAGACCAACGGAAAUUUUCUAAACAGACACCCAAGCCUUUGCCAAAAGAUCGAGAAAUCCCACAAGAUGCCACAGAGGAAGUCCUCAAUAAGUGGAUGGAGAGAUCACAAAUUCGUGGGGAAUUCUCCUGCAAGAAAAUCGUAUUUCAUAUUAGGAGUCACGAUCAAGGGUGGGGAGGUGUACGAACAGAUAAAGGAACAUACAGAGGAUCAUACACGUGGUUUGACGUUGGCCUGGAAAGAACAUAUGCCACGAGGAAAGCAGCAGAACACAUCUCGGAAAGCCCCUCUUUCCGUUUCUCCAACUCUAACUCCGACACACAAGAAUCGACGAAUGAGAUUAAAUGCAGUACACAAACAAUCUCCCCCGAUGUUCAAGAUAACCCAAGCUAUGAUCGUGAAAACGACGCAAAUCCGGCCACAAAAUAUCCACAUAUGUUUAUACAUUCACUAAACCCCGAUAACAAGAUCCUACAGAAAAACAAAACCGCAACAAGAGUUUUUGAAGACCAUAAGAUAAUAUGGAGAUUCAACGAUGAUAUACAUCCAGAAAGUCCCGAAGCGGACGAACUAGAAGCACAAGGCAGAGGACGAGAAACUGCUAAUGGCGAAUUUAUUCGUAACUUGAAAGUUGGUGAUGUGGUAACGCUUUGGGCGAAAGCAAGGUUUCCAGGUUGGGCUAAUACUGUGGAGGAUGUCAAAAUGGAUGUUUAUUAUGCGGAGUCAUUAUGGAGAGAUUUAGAAUCGUUUGGAGGAGCUCACACUUGCUGUUUCCGGGGUGUUGUUGAAGAGAAAACUGGGAAAGGUGGUGUGUCGUUACCGGAGAUUGGUGUAAAUGUUGGCAUGAGGUAG